ACUUCUGGUCCAACACAGCCCAGAACCCUGCUGCACAGCACGGCCCGACGAGUCUCAGAGGUCGAUGAAUGCACACAGUCUGACAAGCAACUCGGUCGGAAAGCAUUUUUAAUAAACACUGAAGGUUACUGAUGAAACACAGGGAAGAAGCUUUUUCUUUUUCCCCCUUGCAAUCUCUCAUCGCCAACCAGAUGUCUCAAUGUGGAAAUGAUCUUAGAAACUUGAAAAGAUCAUGAUAUUCCCAAAAAUCAGCUGUGUUCUUUCUGGUGUUGUCAUCACGAGACGGUCCUGGCCCACGGCAAGGACACACAGUGGGAUUAUUGUGUAUCCAGGGAGGAUGCUGCUCACGCAGACCAUCACCCUGCCACCUCAUCAACACACGUUUACAGCAACUUGGAAAACAGUGGAGUUAUUUGGAGUUGAGCCACAUUGUCUCAUCCCAAAUCCCCCAUGAGGUAAAUCCCACCUCACACAGCCAGUCCUGUGCUCCUGUUCUCCUCGUGUUGUUACGGUGGACUGUAGGUGUAGCUGAGCACAGCCUCUCUCGGUUGUGAUUGAUUUGGUUCCACUCUCCGUGAUUCGCACCGUACUGUGUCUCCCGGCUGUGAGCGUUCCUCUACUUCGCUCUUCUUGUUUUCAUACUGCUUUAGCCACACAGCAUUGUUUGUCUGUUUGAUUUAUCUAAUUCUAACAUGCUGACAUUUUUGGGGGAGCUUUGAUUUGGAGGUAGAAGACCAUGUAAUAGAAGAGCUGGUGCCAGUGGGUAGGCAGGACAAGAUGCUUGUAGAAAAACCAAGGAAACCUUGAAGUUGUUUAUUCACCCCAGUUUUGUCUCUGUGAAAAGAUACAUUCAUGUGAAUAAAACAUGUUGGUGGUUGCCAUAAAAGUAUGUUUUUAUUUUGGUUUCUCUCUGUGUUUUCGCGUCAUUUCCAACCCGGGUCAUCAAAGAUGUCCGAGACACGACUCUGCUUUCAUCCACGACAAAUAGAUAAUUGAAGAGAGUGUGAAAUGAUGGUUUGGUUUUGAGGUCUUGUCUCUGAAGUAAAUAUGUAUCAUGUCCACAGGAUACUGUGUUGUCAGCAAUCAUGUAAGCUAAGCUGUUACAUGCGGCCUCAACAAGGUUUUUGUCCAAAGACAAAUGAAUUAUGUUUGCCUCAUUAUAGAAGUGUCUGGACUGUAAUUACAUUUCUUUAAACUCCACUCUGUGCCCAAUGCAUGGUUCUGUUUUUUCUUGUGUUGGGAUGCUCCACUAAUGAUGAACAUCUCUGCAGACAACAAUAAAAGAGAUAAGCGAGACACUCUGCGGCUCUGUGUUGGUUUAAGGAAGUUUCCCAUACUCGGUGUGAUGUAAUGCUGUAUUUUGGAGUUGGAGGAACCAGGCGACAAAAUGAACUUGAUGGAACAAUAGCCCGGCCUUGGCUGCUUCCUCUUGUUUCCCUCCAGUCUGUUGUUGCUGUCUCUGACCUGCUUUAUUCAUUCCACUCUCUUAGUACUCUUCUUCUCCCACUCAACUCGUGUUUUUCCUCUUUCUCCCUUUGGCCAGCUGUGUUAAAGUCCAUUAUACACUUAGUGGCAUAGAGAGAUGGGUCUGUCCUUUUAAAAAUAAUCUUGAUGUAGCUGAGUUAAAACGUUGGCGUGCGUGGACAACUGUCUCCCCCCGUCCCCCGUCCUGACCCCUCCAUUAAAUCAUGGACUUGGAAGGGGAACCGACUUGGCUCUUCACUUUUACAACCCGAGGCUCCGUCCAGGAGCCGAGUGGUUACCGUGGCGACGGCCCCUCUCUCUGGCUGCCUCUGAGAUAACCUGGUGGAAACAGAGAUGAAUGAUGGAGAGAUGAGAUUGUUUUGGAAGCAGGCUGCGUGUUUGAGGAGAAGGAGCGGAGUGAUGGACGGUGUGUCUUUCCCUUUCCUUCUCUCAGCAGCUCUGUGUUCUCCUGCAGUGAGACGGGCGGCUCAGCUGGCAUCGGCUUCGACGUGCGAGCGCUGCUGCUGCCCGCCCGGCUUUUACUCCGGCUGCAAACUUAUUUUUACAAGGCUGGCCGAGUUAUCUCAGGAUGUGUAAAUAUGAGUGCAGAUAUCUGUUGGAGCGAAAAUGUCCAAACAUGCGUCUCUUUAGAUCAUAAAUCAGCGACGCUUGGGGGGGGGGGGGGGAAACAAAGCUCCGCACAGCCAGACUUUAUUUGUCACGUACCGGCGGACAGAUUACACCGGAACAGGGAUGUCACAGUCUAUAUUGUACACUUUUAAAAAGGUCACAAGAGAGGCACGCAAACUUUGACUUCAGAAACAUCUCUGUUGUCCGAUUGUUUCCUGUUGCAUGUGAGCGCAGAGUAUUUAGCUUCAGAGACGUACAAUGAUGGGGAUUCUAGAUGCGUGUUUGGCUUGGAAGAUCUCUCUUGGGCAUCCAUUGAGGGAAUUCCUUCCAAAAUUGGCACAAACGUCCACUUGGACUCAAGGAUGAACUGAUUAGAUGUUGAUGAUCAAAGGUAAAGGUGACUUCCUUCUAUCAUACUAUUGCCUAGAGAAGGAAUUGUAUAAACGUCCUUUGUCCCUUCGUGAAGACGGCUUCAGUGUUGUGGUACCAGUCCAGUUUUUUAUUGAUUUGGUCUCCAAGAUACUUGCAUGAGUCCGACCUCUUCAUUACCUCUUCCUGGAUGACAACCAGGACAGGGUUGUCCGGUAGUCCACCACCAGCUCAUCGCCUUCGCUGUAGAGUUUCAGGUGAUUGUUGUUGCACCAUGUGACAAACGGCAUGUUUUCCACUGGAAAUGAUUCACUGCAAUCAUGAUUGUCAAUAUAGUGAUAACUUCCAUUUCAUCCAAUAAUGAAAAUAACACAUUUGAUUAACUUCCUUCAAAGUCUUUACAACAUGUUAUGAGUCUGGACAGACAUGGAUGUAAUACAACCACAAGGCAGUAAUUCUAUUUUAUUUAGUUUUGCUUUGCAUUUGACUUGAUAUAUUAGUUUAUAUUGCAAUUACUGUACUGCAUAUUAAAUAUCAGCAGUACACAUACUAUAACAGAAACUAAAGAAGGGAGAACCAGGAGGUUAUCUAAGAAUGAAAAGAAGAAAAUCCAGUGAUUUGAAAACUACAGGCAUCUUCCAAUAACUCAGUAUACAUGGGAAUGCAUUGUACAGUAAAUCAGGAUUUAUUAUUCCAAGAAUGCUUUCGGGUCUAAUUAAUAAUUUACUGGAAGAUUUAUAUUUCUUCCAAAAAUAUAAAUCAGCUACCAAGAAUGUUGUUAUUUUUAGCUCCCCCCACAACUAAGACUCCCUUUUGAGUAUUUGACUAAAACUGUCUUUUACACUACCAAACUAUUUGUAAAGUAUCUUCUUUUUUUUGUUGACAGGGCAGCUUACUGUAACAGUACUGUUUUAAGUACCUGUAUUAGUUAUCAACCACACAAGUAAAUAGUUCAGAAAACAAAACAUGUUAGUUCUUUGAUUAUUGUUACCAGAAGAGUACAAGGAUGUAAAUACUGUACAUUGUGUACUCGUAUAUCCGUAUCCUAGAUCUGUUGCAAGGACUACAUGUUUGUGUGAAUACAUCAUAGACUCUCCUCUCCUCUCCUCAUUAGCGCCCUCGUAAUUUUCAUUAACCGUGAAGUCGACAAUUAUAUACAUUCCGAUGCAUUUAGUGUCUAUUAACGGAGGCGUCAAAGAUAUAAAUGAUGAAUAAAUAGGAACCAGCAGGGAAUUCCUCGACUCAUGAGAAGAAGUAUUAAAAAGUGAGGACAGGGUUCGCAGCUGAAGCUGAAGCUGGAUGGGAGGUACUCCCUUCAGUUUAGGGACCAGAUGUGAGAGAGGAGGGGUACGCACUCAUCCACACAACGGCUACAAAAUGCUUCCUGGUCAACGAGUUUGAUAAAGAAACAAACUGUUUAAGCUGACAGCGCGGAUAUUUUGAUUGAAUGCUUCCAGCUUUGCGUUGACGGUAAGUUGACUUUUUAUUGGCCGUCUGUUAAUAGUUAAUUGAAAUGCGCGUUACGUCGAUGAACUGCAGGUGAACUUAAGACGUCAUGACGUGAAGAGGGUACUUUCGACGGGGAUCGCGAGGUGCUUCCUGGUCCCCGCUGCUCUCUUUGCUUGGAUUUUGAACAUUUAAACCAACCCAGCUGGGUCCUAGUGUUGUGGCGGACUUUUCACAGUUCUCCGGCACACAAUGUUCCCUCAGCUGACAGCUUACCAACAGUCUUAAUGCGAACAAUGACGCAUGUGCAUGAUGCCUAAGUGGACGCGUUUGAAGAUUACACUUCAUAUCUUAUCGGCAAUGAGUUAAAUGCGGAAAAGUCUCCGCAUUAGUUCCAUGUCUUCCAUGCAACGUCAUUGACUGUUGCCCUCCUUUGGGAAACCUAUACAAAGCUUAAGAGAACACACUGUUCCACAUCCAAGAAAUUUCUCCUGGAAAAUACCUAAUGGAGCCUUCUUGACUUGAUUGGAUGUAUCAACAUCAGAUGUAACAGAUUUCAUGAACCAGAAGAGUGUGACCAAGCAGCAGAGAGCAACUGCAGAAAGAGAUGCAACUCUGACAGAAACCCAAACACCCCGGUUUUGACCCUCGCCUCCACUGAUUUGCCAAAGACCAAAGGCCACACAGGUGGCAUCUCUUUCCCACAAAGGCUGACUGACAAAUGACGCAAUCAACGAAGGCAGAGUGUGAGCGGACGGGCCCGGCGUCUGCGUGGCUCCACUACUUUCUGUGCCUUUAAAGUGUGCCGAGUGCCCCUCCGCUCAGCGCUGUGCUGCCUGUGUGUCAGCGUCAGUCUCUAACAGCUGAGUGAUACAAAGAGAACAAGUCAGAGAGAGACCGCUGCAGUCAUGGGACUUUCCUUUGUAUCGGCUCCACAGCAUUACUCUUGAGGUCUGCUUUGCUCUGGUGCCAGAUCAGCGGUUCACAAUGAAAGGGAAGAGAUGAGCCUGCAGCGAGCAGCCCUGUCCCUGCAGUUCCUGCCACUGGACAUUUACUGAUUCAUACCACCCAGAAGACGAUGACCCUGUCUCCCAGAUAGCAUUUCUGAGGACCAAGCCUUCACAGCACGCAUUGAGAACCAUGGCAGGAGAGACUCAGCGAAUGCAUGCUGUCAAAGAGCUGGUCGCUGAGUCCAAACUGCAGGAUGAAGGGACAGCGCUGGAACAGCAGAGUGACAAAACCACAAAGGAGUCUUCAGAGGACUUUUCAAGCACAGGCACUGAGUCCAGAAGCAGCAGCAAAGGGGCCAAAGUUGAAAAACUAGAAAAGGGAAGGGACUGUCCUCAGCAACGUGAGGCUGUCAUACGGCCACAGCAGACAGGGAAGAUUGACUUCAGAUCACUGCAGAACCGAUCCAAAUUUGCCACAGACAGGACUUGGUCGAGUGGCAAAGGCAGACCCCAGUCCCCGAGUGGAAAGGGCCGCAGCCGAGAAAAAGGGAAGCGGUCAGGAAAGACGGAGCGCGCCAACCCGCAGCAGCUGUACAGACUUAGCAUUACAAAUCCACGCUCCAACCCCACCAUUGGUAUUGCCUACCCGCAGCAGAAGGUUGCGCCACCCAAGAAGUUGGAGACCAGUCGUGGCACAGUUUCGGGCAGCUACAGAUUCCACGUUCCCAGUAUACCAGAGAGAGAGGCCGAACUACAGCAAGAAGAGCUCAACUAUAGCCGCUGCUUCCAGGAGGCCUCCUCUAACCUUACCUCCCCAAGCUAUACCUCACAGGCACUGGUUUCUUCAAGUGGAACGUCAUCUCACCCACAUCCACCCCUGUCACAGCAGCAGCAGCCUGCCUCAAUGGAGAACAACAGCACACAGCCCGGCAGCCAGCUGAUCCUGACUGACUUUCAGCUGAGUGGCUCUAAUGUAUGGCAGUCUCCUGAAAGAACUUUUAAUGGUGCUAGCUAUGGAGUGUCAUCACAAAAAUCCACUGCCCUUACAGAAACUAAUAAGGCCUUUGUGCCUGGUCCAUAUCAAUAUGGAUAUAAUUUUCUGGAAGAAUCAACCUCUGACUCUGUCUGUGAACAGAACCCCCAAUCCCAAGACUUUACAACCUCCACGCAAGGUUCUGUUCAUGUGACCCAAAACUCGUUUUCCUUUAGGCCUGGGGAAGGGCAACACAUUGCUCAGAACAGCACUCAGUUUAGUAAUGAACAGCAGCCCGAGGAUAGGAGUUCUUAUCCUCAACCCCCACAGUCACAGUUUGUUCAAGAGGUAACAUCCUCCAUCCAAUGUCCUAGGAAUCUGAGUGAGGACUCAGCCAGUAGUGACAGCUCUGGCUCCAGCUCACAGCAGUCAGAGCAGGGGAAGAUUACCCUGUCUGACAGCACAGACACUAUGGCACAGGCAGACAGCAGGGAUGCAGCCAUCACCUUGGGUAGUAAGAGGAAUUGUCAUCCUAAAGAAACAGAUGCCAACCAAAGAACACACAUUCAAGGAAGUGUGCACCAUGCAAUAAAUAUUUCACAAGGUCCAGGCUCCCAAAUGCACUUUCCCAUCAAAACAUUUAGCAACCCUCUAGUCAGUAACAUUCACACAGGCAUGAUGUCUUUUGAUAAAAACAUCAAUAACAAGGUUCUAAAUAGGUUACCACACUCAUGGGAGGGGCCUAAUAAGACACAUUUACCAGUUGAUCAAAACACAAAUCAGUAUACUGAUAUGAAUGACAAGUAUCAGUUUCAGAACCAGCCAGCACGUGACCAAAGGCCAAAUUCAUCUAAAAAUAGCAGGUUGACCUGGCAGCAGAUACGACCAACCCCUGCCUUGUCGAACCAAAACGGAAUUGACUUAUCUCGGCAAAUAAGCAAUCAAAAAAUGCCUUACAUGGUUUCCCCUUCUGACUGGCAGGAUGAUAGCAAAUCACAUAAACACAGCUCCCUGGAAAACCCCAGCUCAUUUCAGAACAGCAGAACCAGUGACGGGUUUUCAAGCCAAAGACAGGAGACUGUAAAACAUAGCAGUAAUACAGUCUCAACAUUUAAAGUAGAGAUGAGCCACGCACAAGUAUGUGAAUCCAAAAAUAAGGCGGUAUAUUUUGGACUCAACCAGUCUCUUCCAGCAGCAUCAAGAAACUACAGCUAUCCCCCAUUACAGGUCCCCCCCAUGGGACUUAUGAUGGUGUCCCCUUAUGAAUCUCCUUUGCCCUCGCCAGUCCAUAACCCUGCAUCCAGUAGUACCUGCUCUUCCCUCUCCCCAGCAUCCACCAGCCCUGUUGACAUCAGUUCAGAGGACAGUCAAUUGUCAAAGUCAGCACCCUCUCACACAUUUUAUCACCAGGCCCAAGCCAAAACACAGUUACUGUCAGAUCACCUGAGCGCUCACCCUCACCAGUUUCAUUCAGAUGCUCCAAGAAACCUUCCUUACGCGCAAGACAGAGCCAAAGACGACAUGAUGAGCUACCUGCAAAACAGCACACAUCCAAAGACUACUAUGGAUGGAAGCAAAAGUUACAUAGACAGUUUUGGGCUGGAGCAUCAUCAGCCACCACCGCCAUACUCUGCACAUCAGCUGUUAGCGACCUCGUUAGCUGCAGCAAAUCUUGACCAGUUAGAUGUGCUUCUGACAUGCAAGCAGUGUGAUCAGAACUUCAACAACCUGGCAUCCUUUCUAGGCCAUAAGCAAUACUGUGCUCAGCAUACGUUUGCUCAAAAUGACCUCAAAGACAUAUCAAAGAUGGAGGACAGCAGAAAAUUCCAUGCAGAACCAGCAAAAGCAGUGUCAUCCGUGUCAAAUGGUUUGAUGUCAAGGUGCCCAUCUGACCUUCACCUUUCUCUGUUGGGCCUCAAUAAAAAUGGAGAACUGAUAUCUGACAGUGAAACUAAAGGAGACAACAAGGAUGAUUCAAUGAAACUUAACUUGUUCUCUGGUACGGGUAACCUUCCUGUCCCUCUCCCUGAGCUGGACAUGGAAGAUGCCAAAUUAGACAGCUUAAUCAUAGAAGCCCUGAAUGGACUGGGAUAUCAGUCAGAUAAUGCAGAGAUAGACAGUAGCUUUAUCGAUGCGUUUGCCGAUGAUGACCUCACCACUGUCAAAACAACAUCAAGCAAACAAUGCCUGAAAACCAAAGAAUCUCUGGUCUUUGAGAGCAAAAACAAACGAGCAACAGAGGAUGACAGGUCUUUCAAACAGGGAAAUUAUUUCUAUGACUCUGAUGUUGAGAACUCUGAGACAGAUAAACAGUACACUGAGAGCAAACUUGAGAAAGGAUCUCUGAAUUUAAAACAAGAUGAGAAAAUUAUCAUAAAAAAAGAAGUCUCUCAUAAAAAUUCAAGAAUUGCCUCAAGGGAGAAGACAACAAGAGAACAAGACAACAAAGUGAAAGAGGCAAGAAAACUGUGCAAGAGUGAGGAUGAAAACCAAAGUACACAAAGGUUUCUCUUAUCCAGCAAGUUUUCUGAGCGUUGUGGUAUUAAAACGUUUCAGGACAGCUCUGCACUUCGAUGGUCAACACCCUCACAGGCCUCCACCUCUCCAAGCUCAAGGACUGCAGUGAAAGAGAGCAAGAGGAAAAGCACUGGAGGGGGCACCUGGAGUAAAGAACUUAUUCACAAAAUAGUUCAACAGAAAAAUAAGCUCCAUAAGCUCCAUGUUAAAGGUACAAAAAACCUCCAGUUUUCCUUAGUGAUGGAAAGACUAACUCCCACUGUACAGAACCCUGCAUUUGGAGAAUACGACUAUGUCUCAGAUUCCGAUGAUGAAUGUGAGCCCGUUAAAAUAGCAAGCCAAGGCCGGCUGAAUCAAAGCAGCCGGUGUAAAUACACAUACACCAAAGAGUGCAAAUGGCGAGCAAGGAGUGAGAGGGACCAGGCAGCAUGGCGACAUGAGUCGAAGGAGUGUUUUGAGGUGAAAAAAAGCGAGGAGGUUUCUCUCUCACCUGAGAAACAUGGUUCUCAUCAGAGACUCAGGAGGAGGGGUAGCAGGUCUUCCACAAGCAGUGAACUCAGCACAUCUGUGAGUGUUUCAAGCGAUAGUAUCAACAGCCCUAAAAGCACUGAUCGCACUGAAUCCGACUGUGAGAAGAAGACAGACAUCAAAAAGAAAGAGUCUCCAGAGCAGAAAACAUAUGAAAGGUCCUCCCCGCAGAAGUUAUGUAAAGAAUCUAGCACACUAGCACUGACAUUCACUAAAUCUGUCAAGAAGUAUAAUAGUGACAAAGCUAUUCUGUCUGAUAACAAAGUCAGUACAGAGGACCCAAACAAGAAUAAUUCAAAUCCAGAAGUUGCUGAUCCAGUGUCAUUGUCCCAAAAAGCAAAAGACACAGUCAAAAACUUUGAAAAAAGCAGAACCGCUCACAAUCAAAAAUCAAGAGAGAAGCUGGUGUCUCCCAGAAAAGAAACUGGCACCACAGUCAGUUCAGACAGAAACACCCUACAGAGAACAGACAAGCUGUGCCCCAAAGAAGAGCCAACACAGUGUAGCAGAGCAGACAGCAAGCCACUACAGUUUGAUUCACACUCUCCCACCAUCAACAAAGAAGCUCAUUUCAAUAUUGACAGAAUCAGAAUGUGCAAAAGAAGCGAGGGGCCCCAAGCUACACAGUCAGAGCUAUCAGACAGUACCACCUUUGAAAAACAGAGUGACAAUGUCUGCAUGGUGGGUGAGGCUAUGACUUUAGUCAAUGACCUAAAUGCACACAAGCCAUCCUCCCGUUGCACCUCUUUGAUGGAUGAGGUGUGCCUAUCUCCAACUGAGAGCCAAGGCCCAUUGGUACAAAAAGAUACGCUCCACCUCAUGGACUACCCACUGGAUCAGGAACAGGGGCUCUUGAAAUCCCCACUUUCAUUUGACACCUCAACAAUGUUUGGGGAUCUCACAGGAUUCGACAGUGGCCUCUACUCAGAUAUGCCGAUUCAGAAAGAGAGUUUUCAUUCAAUAGAGAACAUAGCUGAUAAAAAGGAAGAGUUUGUGUCCUCCUUCUCUUCUUUUCUGGAACAAAGAGACUGGAACCUUUUGGUUAGCCCUGUACUACCAGAUGAGAUAUCUCAGUACAAAGGCAGCUCUGAGAAAUCAAAUGAAAAGAAACUAGAUUACAAUCACGUUCUUUUGUCUCUGCCAGAAAAACUAAUCGACUACGGUACAAAUCUCAACAGCUGUGCAUCAGAGGAUGAGCUAGAGAUAAAAAGAAUAGUGAAUGAGCUUGAAAACCAGCUGCAGUCAACUAAGUUGGACAGCCCACCAUUACAAGCUCAGGAUGUCCCUAAGCAGCUGAAAAUGAGCAAAUUUUCACCUUUACGUUUGGCUGAUGAGUCAGAGAGUGGAGGCACUGGACUGGAUAUGGGGUGCCCUGUGCAAACCAUGGAAGUAUCAGUGAACAGCUUGGCCUCAGAGCCUUUCACUGAACCAUGGUCCAGUCCAUUCCAGUUUGAGCUAAUGGGUGGACACCACACUCCCCACACUCCAAUUCACAAUGAACCAGGGGCGCUUGAACAUUUCAAUGAAAAAGAAGAUGAUGCCCCAAAUUUUAGCACCACGGCUUCACAUAUUGAAAACCCACAGCUCCACCAUGACCAGGAAUCAGUGGAGAGAAAUGCUGAAAAAGACACUCCAGUAGAAACAAAGGAAGAGAUUUUAGAACAGAAAAGAUAUACAGAAAACCUCAUAAAAAGCCUGGAGGUGAUUUCAGACUCAAUAUUUAAAAAAGAACCUGUUAUAUCAGAAGACAAGGAGCCGAAUGUCACCACUCUCACAAGUCAACAACAUCACAAAAUUGAAUGUCAGGCAACUGAUGCAGUUGAGAGAGAAGAUCACAGUGAAAAGGAAGCAAUUGCGGGGAAGGAGAAUAUAUUAUCACCUCGACACAUCAAUGAGCAGAAAGACGAUAUUGAAUUCAUUCUGAAUGAGUCACAGUCAUCUCUCUCUGACAGCACUAACCCCACAGUCGAUGGAAACCAGCCAAUUUCAUCACAGCCAAGUGAGCCCACAGAAAACAAUGACAGCAAGGCUGAGACUAAAGUCACAUCAGAGGAGGAUAUCGCCAAGAAUAGUAAUUUGAACGAGUCUGCUCACUGCUCAAGUGUGCUGACACAUGACCCACAUGUGGUUCAGGAGUCCGGCGGGAACAGCAAAGCAGCAGUAGAUGUGAAUCAGUUAUUUAAAACCAGUAGUGACGAUCCAGAACAUUCAACCACAGAUGGCUAUGAGGAAGCAGACGCAGUGAAGGGAAUCACUGGUCAGUCUGUCAGCCAUCCUUUAUCACCAACUCCACCUGACGCCAGUCUAGACAUUGGCGAGGAAAGUCUGGGUGCAAUUAAAACAGCAGUCGAAAAACGGUCCACUGAUAACCAUGUUAAUACUGGAGACAUUAGUUUUUCACAUGGUGAGGAAAUAAAAUUGAAGUGCUCAGACGAGAAAAUAAGUGUUGAAACAGCAAAACAGGAUAACUUGAUGAAACUAUCCCCCUCCAACAGCUGCAGCCCUGCUUACAGUGCAUGUUCAACAACUGAUCUGUCGGUGGAGAUAGUCACCACUGACAAGCCCUGCAGUCUGAUACUGAUGGAAACCAAUACAGAGAGCACCAGUCGUUGCUCACCCUUCCGAGACACCCAGUCCAUAGAGGGACAAAGUAAUCUGUUGGUUAUUUCUCAGUCUGAUGCUAUCAUUGGCUGUGAUUCCUGCAAAGUUACUCCAUUUAAUGACUCGUUUAGUGACUCGGGUCUUGGCUUUCAGAAACAAGAAGAGAUUUUAAUUGUACAGGACAUCAAAGAAGACCUUCCUAUUGAUUUUAUGGCAAGUCACCAAAACUCACCAUGCAGAGAAGAGGUUGAAGAAAGUCACUGUCUCUUUCUACACACUGCCCCACCAACCAGUCCUCUUCUACCAACCUCUCAUCAAACACCCAUGCAGGAAUGGAACAUAGAAGAGGAUUCAUGUACAUCCCAAAGCAAAUGUGAUGAUGUGUCUGUUAACCAUGGCUCAAUUCAAAAUGUGCAAUCCCCCAUAAACAAGGAAGAAAACAGCAACGUGAAAGAGGUUUUGAACAGUGAAGAACAACUGAACACAACAGCCGAGAUGGAGUAUUCUUUGAUCAGCCCACCACUCCUGGACUUAAGGAUCAUGGAGUGUACAAUCACCAGCUCUGAAACCACCAUUCCUUCUCCACUUCCAGUGACCAGCUCAGCAGAACCACCAGAAGUGUCAGAUGGUCUUGAAAAGAGAGAUGCAAUGUAUGAUUUGAAGCUCAGCCCUCUCAACUACAACAGUAUUUCAGACGAACCUCCACAACAGAAUCAAUACAGCUACAUAUCAAUUUCACCUGCCAGUAAACCUGAAGAGCAUCCAGACUUCAAGCAGAGUCCCAGAGAUGACUGUGAACCUUGUGACCUGAGCGUUAACCCUGCACUGAUUUUUAAUGAAAGUGAAACAGACACGGUGCUAUCACUGAACCCAGACCCUGCAGCUAAAGUGAAUUUAUCAGAUGAACAACUGGUCCUCCAGCAGAGUAGAAAAUUCACAUGUUUUUCAUUGGGUAUCCCACCUGAAACAAAAAGCAAAGAUUCCUUAGGUGGUAAUGUAAAGAUAGACUUGGAGGUUUGCCAUGAUCCUGUUGGACCUGUUGAGCAUUUGCGUAUUCACGCUGACCUGCUGAGGAAGGAUGAAUCAGAGGAUUUAAAUUCUUACGGGGCUUCUGCUGAGGACAGUACACUUAUCAGUAAAGACAUUUCAGAUGGUCCGCCCACUCCUAAACCACUUGUCAUCUGUGAAAAUGAACAAAUGCCUCUUCCACCAGACCCAUCAGAGAAGCAACCAACAAUAGAGACUGGCCAGUGUUCCACAAUGCACCAAAUACACAAAGAAAUAUCUCAAAAAAAGACACAGAACAACGCUCAACAGGGGAAAGAACUUUGUGAAAUCUGCCUCAUGUGUUUCAGGACCGUGCCUGGAUUAAAAAGACAUAAGGCCAUGAAACAUUUGGUCAGAGAUGAAAAACACAUUGGCUCGCAGAGCACAACAUCAAACCAUCAGGAGACUAUGGUUAUUUAUGAAGCAUCCCAAAUUACAGAGAAAGAACAUAAAGAUGAUUCAGAGACCUGUUACCCAAGUAAAAUAGAUGGGCUGCCUGAGACAAGUAGCACUCUCAUAUUUAAAGCAGCAGAGACUGAGUCAGUCCUGGAGGAAAUGGCAUCUGAGACCAAUGUAGUGGCAGUGGGUGAAAUAAGCCACCAAAACCCUCUGCUGCCAACAAAAGCAAAAAAGAACAACAAAGCUAGAAAGAACAAAAACAGUGAGAUAAGCAUGAAGUCAGACUCUUUCUCAGAUGAGCUUCUACAUAUAUUAAAAACAGACAUACUUCAAGCUAUAACUCCUGAAUUCAAAAGCAGUGGACUACAUGAUCUCCGCAAAUCUCCAGCAGACCAGGUGAAAAUCAAUGACAAAACCGUUACUGGCUCAGAGAAAUUCCCUCAACCUAUUACUUCAAACUCUGGCUCUGACAAUACACCGCCAUCUCCAACAAAGCAGACAAAUGUUCUCAAUGAAACUGUGGCGCUAAAUCAAGUCACUGAUCUGGAAGAAAUUAAAUGCACAAGCAUAACAGAGAUUGCAGAUAGGGAAGUUUGUGCAGAUAAUAAUGUUGAAAGUGCUAUAUCUGUAGACAAAGAUGUAAUCAGGGAAUACGAUGAGCCCAGAAAGAGUCUGUGCGCUGUGGAAGAGACGUGUGAACAGAAAGGAUCAGAAGAGAGCCUUGCCCAAGAGAUUCUUAGCAAAGUGGCAGCCGUCGGGAUAAAAUGUGAGGAAAACAGUGAACCCUCAGACGAGGCACAUCCUCUCUCCUAUUUGAGUUGUUCCCCUCUCAGUCCUUCCGGCAUAAGUCCCGAACUGAAGGCCUUACUUGACGACGACACCACAUUCUCACAGCUGUUCCCCAGAGAUGAGGAAGCAAAAAGGAAAAAGUGCCCAAGGGUGUACAGCAAAAGAAACAAAAGACAGAAGCUAUCGCCCGAAUCAAACGUGACUGAGGACUACCCUCCCUCAGAGACGUUCAUGCAAAGUAAAGGUCAGUACACUAAAAACCAAGCGGAGCAGACGUUCACUGACAACCAAACUGACCGCUGUGAAUAUGAGACAAUAUCAACCGAUGAUGCCAUCAUGUUGAAUAUGUGCCACAACAGCACAUUAAAGACUGGUGUUACCCAAAGUGACCAGCAGGAUGCUCAUGAGAAUGUUAAAGAGGUUGACAACAGCCCCUCCAAUUCACUCGAGAGCACGGUUGAUAAAUCUUCAAUUGAAUGGAGUGGCUCCAGUGACUUCAGUAGCUUUGAUUCAAGCUCAACGGUGACCUCUGACCCCAGCACCUGCAAAGCAGAAGAGCCCACUGCACCCUGCCCUCUGCCCCCGCCCUCUGCCCCCUUCCCCGUAGAGCCAUGUGUCACAAAGAGUGUUCAAACCUUCCACAGCAUUGACAUCCAAAACAUCAAGACCACAUUUCAACUUCCUGAGAUUCAGUUCUUUGACUCCAAAAAAGAUAUUUCAGUGGCUCCUCCCACGGCAACUGUUGCCGUGGAGAAUAGAGAUGAUGAAAAGUCCAAGAAAGUGAUGGAGCGGCGAGGCAGAAAACGUCAAGAUUGUGGAAUAAAGGUAAAAGAUAAGCAGUACAAGUGCAAAGUGUGCUUCACUUGGUUCCUCACCCUGGGCGAGCUGAACUUUCACAAACUCUCCCACAACCCAUCUCCACCUCCAACCUGCUACAUGUGUGUCCAGCGUAAGUUCAGCUCUAGGGAGCAACUGAGAGACCAUCUGAGGGAGAAACAUGCCAAGAACAAGACAGGUAUCUGGACCUGCGGAAUGUGCUUGAAGGAGAUAUCAGAUGUGUGGAUGUACAAUGAACAUUUACGAGAGCAUGCCACUCAGUUUGCCCGGAGGGGUCAGACUCAAGGCUCCAUGUUAGGCAUUCCAGGCUGCUUCAUGCAGGAGACAGCCGUGAAGAACUUUAUCACCUCGAUCAUGCAGCACCGCCCCAGCAAAGCCAACAGAGAACCCAGCAAAGCCACUAAAGAACAGGAAAAAGCUGUUGUUGCAGACAACGCUGUGGGAGAGGGGAAAACCUCACAGGGGGCUGAGCCAAAAGUUCACAAAACUAAGAGCAGCAGUGGAGCAGGUGGGAAGCAGAGUACAUUUACCCCACUAGAGGUCCUCCACAAAACAGAGACACCUAAAAGUGUGGAGAUGCAUCCCAACUGCAAAGACCCCUCAAGAGACUGCCACCACUGUGGGAAACAGUUCCCCAAACCAUUCAAACUCCAGAGACAUUUAGUGGUUCACAAUUUGGAAAAGAUUUUCCUGUGUCACAAAUGCCCCGUCUCUUAUCAGGAGGCCCAGGAGCUGAAAGGCCAUCUGAAGAGUGCACAUGAGGAGGUUGACGAGCUGGAUUCAAAACACACCACCCUCUACACCUGCGAGCUCUGUGCCGACGUCAUGCAUGUGAUUAAAAAAUCUUUCAUCUGCAGCACCUGUAACUACACCUUCUCUAAGAAGGAGCAGUUUGAUCGCCACAUGGAAAAGCACCUGUCAGGGGGGAACAAGAUUUUCAAAUUCCGAGGUGUUUUCAGACCUGUGAAGGCAUCUGCCUCCAAAGAAGAUGAGUGUGAUUCGCCCGCAAGCAAGAAGAGGAGAAUGCCCUCUGACAGUCUGCAAGAAAAUAGCUCAGACAGCGGCAUUGCCAGUGUGAGCUCACAGCACUUAAAUCAAAACUCUGAGACUUCAAAACCCUCCGUUUCCACAGCAGAGGACUCCACACAGACCAUUGCAGAUGAUUACCACAGCGACACAAACAAUACAAAUGUGAAGACUGAGGACAUUGCUGAGGACUACUCGGAACUACUUGUAGAGCUGGAGAACUCUAUUCAUGUGCGCUCUUCAGAGUCUGCUACACCCAAGAAAGAGGAGAUUGACCCAGUCACCUCACCUCUUCUCGAUAAAGAGGGUAAUAGAAAAUCAAUUACUGAACCAUUUGACGUGAAAGAGGAGAAUGAGUCAGUCUGCAUUAGAGCAGAGAAAUCCUCUUGGUCAGCGUCUAACGGCAGUAGUAGUGUGGGGGAGGAGACUCUUAAGGCUGGGGAAGGCUCUGCUGAAGGUGCCACAGCUGAGACUGAAAAAACUGAUUCACUAGCAUCUUGUGAAGACUCUUUUGUCAGCCGAAGAGAAAAUCAAAUCAUUUCAAAGACACUUGAGUCAAAGCAUGAAUUAGCUGCUGAUGUGAUGGACCAACAGAGGGAUGAUGAGCAGUGGCGUCACUCAUUGAAAGCUUCCAAUAAUGACAGCAAACAGCUGACUUCAUCUCAAGGUGGUGAACAGGAAGGUGGCAGUCAGAUGAAAGACAAAGUUUCCCCGGCCAAAACAGACAACACUAAAAACGGCACUACAACCAGCAGCAUGAAGGCUACAGAGUUUACACCAGCCCUCCACUCCAAGGUUUCCCUAAACGCUUCGGCCUCAAAUGAGGACAAAGAAUCUGUGAGACCACAGAAGAAGAGGAAAGACUCGAAAUCCCCACACAGUCUGCAAAGGUUUUCCUCUCCAGCCACACAGGAGAACUACGGUGUUGACUCUCGGGCCAAAAAGAAAUUCCGCUCCAGCAAGUGUGCGAAUCCCUCUCUGCAAAGGAAGACAGAUGGACCGAACGACUACCCUGUGCUGUCCUCAGUAAGGGACGACGUCGUUAGCAACAAAAUUGUUUCCAAGUGCAAGACUUCAAACAUGGGUUUGCCGUCAAAGAGAAGCUUGCUUGAUAGCUGCACACAAAAGAAGGCUGAGAUUGUGACUCCUCUUAACGGGGAUUACAAAGCCAAAAAGGGACCUCUGGGGCGGCCUUUACAUCCCCCUAUUUCUAAAGUGUCUUCAGUUCCCAUGAACAAUUCUUUGAAUAAAUCUAGGCCAAAGAUGGGGGUUAGGUCAAUGGAGAGCCAUUCCUACAGGACAGCAGAGUCCCAGAACCACCUCUUAAGCCAGCUGUUUGGCCAAAAACUCACUAGCUUUAAGAUUCCUUUAAGAAAGGACACAUCAGAAUCUAUUAACUGAGUGGGGCGAGAGGAAUCUGUGAAUAGGAGACUGUAAAUUUCACAGUUAUAAAUGUUUAAGACAAUUCCUUGUGGUGAAUGAGACUGCACAGCUCUUUUCUGUGAAAUGCUAUCUUUAAAUACUUACGUAGUCACUUUAUGUGUUCUUUGUACAUGUGUUUUUAUUACACAAAUGUGAGGACGAAUGGAAGAUAUGAAUUUUGGGUCAAAAAUGAAUAUGCUAGUUGGGAAAAUCAUUUGAACUUUUUUUCUGCUUUUCCUUCGUUGGAUAUUGUCUAUUUCAGAGAUUAUAUUUCAUUUACCUAAAGGAAAGAAAGAAAAGAAUACUUGAAAAUACAGUAAAAUAUUUUCUUCUAAGAAAUGCAUGUUCAUUUUGCAUUUGAUCUUAUCGGUCUUAUCAAGUCUUUCUGGAAAAGGACCAAAUGACAUCAUAACUGACUUGGACUAUUGUCUGUGCACCUUUUCGUACAUGCUUCCAACAUAUUCAUUUUGUAUUAUUUUUUUACUUUACUGUACUGCAUUGACAUUCAUCAUAUUAGCCUUCUGUAUAAACAUGGUGCUACAUUGUGUUUUAUUGUAAUGUGAAUGCCAAUGUACUCGGGAUCAUGAGAUCUGUAGCAGUCACAGUACAUUCGAUCAACUGUUUUUACUGGUUCUCUGUAGUUUAUUAAAGAUACUGUAUAAAGCAUCCAAAUACUUCAUAUGUAGGCUGAUACAUUUCCUAAAUUUAGGAAAACUUCCAAUGUUUAAACUCAGGUGCAUACAAGGACAUCACAGUCCCAAGACCUGUAUUCGGAGUUCUUCCCAUGCACUGAUAAUACCACACACAAAUUACAAACUCAAUCAUCUGUGUCUGUUACUUCAACUGUUUAAUUAUGAAUAGUAUUUACUACUUCAACAAAGGUGCUUUAUCUUGUUUAUACUGUAUGUAUCUUAUAUUGUAUAAUAUUUUAGGUAGAUUGUUGUUUUGGUGCAAUGCUUCAUGUCAAAGUUUUAUUUUAAUAAUGUGCAAAAGAAACAGAGUGAGAAGAAAGGGAAAUGCCGUUGUAAAGUUCUUAAGUGGUUCUCUAAGUGCCUCUUUUAUAGUUGGUUAAUAAAGAUCUGUAUUGGUCUCUACUUGCUCUUUUCUUCUUUUCUUCAUGACGUGUUUUGCAAAUGUUCAAACUGCCUUCCCUGCGGACUGCAGCUGUCACCACGUGCAUCAAACACUGCAAGCUGCUUGUGUCUGGAGGCAAAAACAGGUGCACACUCAACAAAGUUUGACUUUUCUGUCUUCAGAUCAGCACUUAACUCGUCAUCUGAAAGUGGAGCGUAGAUGUAUAUUUACUACAGGGAAACAUUCAACAGUCACAUUUAUCCACCCGUAUGGUAGUCGGUAUACGAGAACUGUUGAGCAGGUGGCGAGGCGCUCUCUCUUCUGUCGUGCUUUGGUCACGUUGCUCUCUCACCACGUGUAAAAUGGCUUCUAUUCCUACACGAAUAUUUUUCAUCAUCACAUAGGAAUAAAAAGCCAUAGUACACAGUGGCAUUCAUGUAGACACACAUCGGGAGGAGCAAUGUUUUCACACCAUUCACUGAUUCAUGAUGGAACCUAAGAAAAAGAGAUGUAAGACAAGAGGGGAGGAUGAUAGAUUGGGGAAGAGAGUAAACGUGGACAGAGAGGGAAGAAAGAAGAGGUUAUUUUGUUUGUCAACGACUGAAACUCAAGCAUUCAGCUUUUGUGAAUGAAAUAGAAGGUAAUACUUUAUCUUUGUAGUAGCUGUGGACUGACUGAAACAGGCUUAAAGUCAUCGGUCUGUGUUUUGAUUGUGAACAUUCUUAUUUAUGGGAAUGUGUUUCUUUAAAUCAUAUGUCUGUAAUGCAUUAUAUGCACUUGCAUACCUUCUAACAUGCACAAUGCAUCUUAAGUCGCUGUAAGGUAUAAUGCAUUAGGAUAGCUACAGUAUGUCCAUAAUAUCACAAGUUCAUAAUCAAGUUAACAAUAUUUCAUAAGGGUUUGUAAAGUGCUAUGAAGAUAUUGGGG